GGAGCAAGUAACAGCGAGCCUUGCUGUUAAAAGGCUCCCCGGCGUUUCUUUUUACUUCGAUUACUUUCAUCAGCUUUGUUUGAGUGAAUUGUGAUCCUACGGGGCAGAGUUUAACGAGCCGAAGAAGCCAAAAGAUAUAUAUUAAAAGAGAGUGCAAGGGCUUCCCAUCAAGCAACAAACUAAUAAUAAUCACUUCAUAUGCAUAGGAAGCAGGAAGCAGUUUAGUGACAACAAUCACCAAAUGACCAACUUUAUUACAUAACGACAACCAUUUCAUACUCGUUUUUACAAUAUUUUACUAUCGUCAACAAUCUGUGCAAGUGUCAGAGAAGAACCAGUGCGAUUGCCAGUUGACUAGCACAUAAAAUUGCUAUUGUGUCAUUGUUGCCGAGCCAUUACCGAUUUUAUCUCCUCCGUGACAGGUUGUUUCAGUCAUUGAUACACAAUUUUACUACAUGCGUGUAUUGACUUUUGUCGGUAGUGUACUCACCUCAUGGUUUUUUUGAAACAUUUUAUCACUGCAUGAGAAGCAAGUCUCGCUGCACAUUUGCUUCCCCAGUGAUUGUUGCCCGAGUGGUUCAGUGGAUAAUGUUAAUUCAUCGGUUCUCUGAUUGUGAUUCGGAACCUAUUGUGUGACCAAUUAAUAAUAGUUAUAUUUUACGGUGGGUUCUUGUUCUUCACGGAUGAUUGUGCAGUAUUGCAGCAGCGUCCGCAUCGUACAAGAAUAGUGCAAGUGCGGUCCGAUCCUAAUCGACCUGCUUUUACAUAUAUGGGAAAGGAAACGGAGGUCAAUCAGAAUAAUAAAUGUUGUAAAACAAUCUCCCUCCACACAUGAACGUAUCAAAUCAGGCCAAUCCAGGUGUGCAACAAGACUCCCAAUAUACCGACGCAAAACUGUAACACCGGGCCGGGAGCGACGGACGGACGGUGGUGAAUGUGAUAGAAAUCGAAGAGGGAUGCUGAAAUGGGCUGUUGGAAAGGAUGACCCUAUCAACCCAACAAAGUCGUCUGCUUGUAAGCAACUUGAUAUGCAAAGAGACGCUGCUGGGUUGAUUAGUGGCUGCUGCAAACACCGCAAUAAUCUUCAAGGACCGUCUCGAAUCCUCAACAAAAACCGUGUUCGUGCUGUCGGCGUCAUCAAUAACAACAAUCUUCUCAAUAAUGAGUUCCACAAUGGUAAAGUUAAUGCCCAUAAUUACAAAGCCCCCGACGACGACCCAAGGAACCAACGUCUCAAAGUCUCAUCCAACGCUACCACCAUCACCACUCCUGCUGCUGCAUCUCCCUUGCACCACAACAACGAUAACAAUAACAGUAUUAUCAAUUCAGACAGCAAAUCUCUUCUUUACAUGAGCCUGGACCAUUUGCCUAUGGCAAUAGUGAAGCAAUAUGAGAGAAUGCUUCAAGACAACAAACAACCACCACCAAAAUCGGUGUUAAAGUCUCAACAUGUCACUAAUUGCAGCAUCAACCAUCAACAUCGACCUCCAAAUGCCAAGACAAAAAAGCAAAAACAAGUCUCACCGCCCCACAAAAAGCCAUAUUCCAAGUCAAUUACAUUCAAAGACGAUGUAAAUGAAAGCAAACCAAACAAUAAACAUGAAACACAAGAAGUGGUCAAUACCACAAGCCUUCGAAGACCUAGUUCCGUCCCUGUUUUAAAUUUAAAAGGUACUGAAAUUCGAAUUAAAGAAGCUCAACACCGUCCCUUGAAAGUUCUGUCUGCCUCGAUAUCACCCCUAAAGCCACAACCAACAAGUGGUUUGGAUACCGUCCUGGUAAAGACCAAAUCCAACUUGACCAAUAAACCAAUAAAUAAAAAGUUUCCCUCUCAACAUAUUGGCAUCGAAGCCACCGUUAAGAGAAAGACAGAUUGUCCAGAAAAAUACGAAAAAUCUCCAAAACUCCAAGCUAAAAAGUCCACCCUAGUCUGUGAUAAAAUAUCCCGACCACCUCGGUCAUCAGUAGUAUUUAGCAGCAGCAGUAGCAGCAGUAGCAGUGGGGAUAGUACUGUUCCAAAUGAGGGGAACCUUGCAGACCCCAAACUUAAACCCAAUAUUCAUGAUGGAAAAUUACAAACAAAUGCAAAAAAGAUGGACCCAAUCCCGGAAAAUGAUGAAAAUAAUCCCAACUACAUUCCAAAGGUGCCUAAAAAGACUAGUAGAAAUGGUCAUAAUUUCAAAGUUACCAACAGCCCACACAUUGCACAUGAUAAGGAAGUAUCGUCGGCAAGUGGUGACGCCAUAAUAACUGCAACUGGGGCACAAAUGCCAAACCUCAAUGAUACUACUGACCCUCUAUUUCUGGAACCCAAGAGCAUAACCUACAGCACUCCACCUGUGCCCAAAUGUGCAAAAAAACUCACUCUAAAACGGAGUGAGUUGAAGAAACUGGAACGAUUGAAAACUCAGACAGAACGACUAAACCGGUUCCUUAAAAAAUACUACCACGAUUGUCUUCCCAACCUGCCUGAGGAGGAAGAGGACUCGUGCAGUCCAGAAGAAAAGUCUGUCCGUCUCUCGAUCCUUCGAACGCAUUGGAGAGAAGUCAAAUCAACAAGUUAUGGAGACCAAUUCCUCCUAGAUGACGUCGACGAAGUAGUAAAUGACAACAACAAUAUUCUCCACUCUUCGUAUGAAAAUGUUGCUAAAAGUUAUCAGCGUAACAGAUUUGCUUUCUCUAACCCAAAAAUUUGCAACAAGUUUAGCCCGCUUCACAGUUCGUCCUUUUCGUCCUACACCACAUUACCAGAACUCUCGGUGGAUGACUAUUCUGUAACUUGGGAGAAUCUUCUAAACACUGCUGCAUCUCCUCUAAUUUCUUCCUACCCCACAACAACUGAGAGCAGUAGUCAUCCUCCUCCUGGUGUACUGCCAAUCAUCGAGGAAGACUAUUCUGCAGAAGUCUCAUCCUCCUUCAACUCUGAAGAAUGCCAUCACCAGGAUCAAGAUAAAGAGCUUGUGAGAGAUGUAGCCUGUUCGGAAAGGUUGUUGGGUUUGGAUGAAAGUUUUCUCCAAAACUCCAGAACGAGAAUUGAGACGGACGAUUCCCUCAUCCAACUGGCCAAGGAAAGCUGUCUCUCGGAAGAGCAUCAUCAUCAUCAUCAUUCCCAGCACAACCACCAUGACAGAAUGAGUGAUAAUUUUAAUACGGGUGUGAAGAUCUCAUAUGAUGACGGGAAAGAAGAUGAAGGAGGAGGAGGUGGUAGUGCUGGUGGUGAAGGGGAGGAUGGGUUCGGCUCGAAGAAAUUAAAGGGCCUGCUGCUCCAGCCCUUAGGGUUAGUCUUUGAUCCGCCGGCGUCUUUAGAAGAUGAAGGAUUUAUGGGUAUGAGUCCUUACCCACCUGAAGCUUAUUCUCCUGCAUCCUCCUCUUCCGCGUCCACCUUUUAUCGUUUCUCCCUCUCAUCGUCAUCGGGUAAAGGAUCAACUCGUGAAGACGGAGAAGAGCACGAGAGCGAAGAAAACUACUUUGGAGAUGAUUAUGAUAAAGAGCAAUCAAAUCUCGGUCGCACCUCCAGCCAAAGUUCUUCUGCUUCGUCUUGUGGUACCGACGCAGAAAUCGCAUCCAUGGAAGGAGGAGGUCCAAAAUAUAUCAUGCGAGAAUUGAAACACGAGAAUGCUAAUUAUCUUCAUCCAGUCAAGCGGCCGAGUGUGUUGGUGAUGGAGAGUUGUGGUGAUCAUAAUGAAACGUGGAAUUCUCACGGCUAUGUGUCCAACUCUCCAUGUGGUACCACCAUCUCUUCCUCUUCUGCUCAUUCUUCUCAUUCCCAUCACUCGGACACAACAGCGAGCAACUCAUCUCAUUCUCCAAGUCCGACUGGAGAAGUUGACGCACAAGUUGAACACGAUGAAGAUGCAGAUGAAACCCUAAACUUUAAUUCGAUGAGAAAUCAGCGUGAAAAUGAUCGCGGUGAAGAAAGCGUAAUUUCCAACAGAUUAGCUUUGCCUUUCAGCACACCCGUCUUCCGAAGCAAAUGCCUCCCACAGACCCGUCUCCUCAGGUUCAAGUCCAAAAAGUGGAUGCCUCGGAAAGUUGUGAGAAAACCACCUGUGAACUCGCCCUACUCCGGCAAAGGUGAACUUUUGAUUCGGACGUACAAAAAUGAUGGAGACUACGUUACUGUUCAUGUUGUGCAAGCAAGGAGAUUGAAGACACGCAAUCACUCAUCGUGGAAGUUAUCCGUCAAGGUGUCGUGUUUACCUGAGAGUGAGACAACGUUUACAAGAUCUUCAGAAACAAUUCGCGUUGGAAGGAAUAAAUCUUGGGUCAAAAUUAAUAAGAAGUUCUCGUUUGAAAUUCCACAAACAUCCAAGUUCAGUAAAAAUACCAAGGUUUACCUGACGGCUGUAAAGCGCCUGGGAAAAAAAUCAACUUUUCUCGGAUGGACAACCUUGACAAUUUUGAGCGAAGAGAGGACACAGUGCUGGCUCAAGUUGCGCAAACGGAAAAUGAGUACAACAACGCCGACGACUAUGCAAUCCUACCACUCCACUUUUACGACGAACGCCCCUAAUCCUCCUUCCAAAGGUACUCGAGCGCCUGAAAACUGCAGAUCAAGUAGCUCCAUGGACUCUCCGUCCCCACAACCCUGUCACACCGACAACGGCAGUUCUUCCUCCAGGUGUGACUGCGAAAUGGAACCCAUGCAGAAAUCUGGACUACAAAAUUCUUCCACAAUGGACAGUGGGGUGGAAGACUGUUGUGGCGAACCUCCUCCACCACCCGCACCUUCAAUAGAUCUGGAUGACAAGAAUGGUCAACGUGUCGGGGUGAGAAUGAUCAAGCCUGACGGAGGAGGCUAUGGUUUCAGCGUGGUGUGGGUUUCUCCUCCAAGAAUUGAACGUUUGGAGAAGGGCAAAACGGCGGACCUUGCUGGGCUGAGGAUUGGUGAUUUAAUUAUUUCAGUGAACGGGGAAGAUGUAACCUCUGUCCCAAACACCUCAAUCUACACCAAAAUGAAAACAACUGGGGAAGUAUUACAGCUUGAAGUUUGGAGAACAACUCCACCAAUUCAGUCCCGGAGCGCAAAUCAUCAUUGUCAAAACCGCCAUGUUCCAUUACAAGAACCUAUUCCACCCCCACCGCCAAAGUCGUCCUCUGUCGCCGUAGCCAACACGAGUACCGCCCGCCCAAUUCCCAACAUCAAUGAAGGUCGACAGCAUCAACAGACUCCAGCGUCUGCUACGAUAACAACAACAACAACAAUUGACAACAGUUUGAAACGGAACAUAAAUGCCAAUGCAAACAUUAACCAAGGCCAUGUUGUAUCUGCUCCUGCUGCAGCUGCCUCGACCCCCAAAUCUCGAACUCAAUCUUCUCAACCUCCACCUACUUCCAUAUUAAAGCCUCCGCCACCCGCACCACCUACGACAUUGGGAAAAUCUGGUGGUGAAAAUACCACUAGUCAACCUCAACAAUCUCAACCAGGCUCUUCGUCUUGGAGAAUCCGGUUUAAUAUUGAGCUACUGGACAACGAGGAUGACUGUCUUAAGCAAUUUUUCAUUUGUGAACUCAAAUUUUUUCGGAAAAUUGUGGCCGCUUUGGAUAGAUACUUGAUUCCAGCCCAAUCAAGUCGACUGCUCACGAGUCAAGAGAUACAUUUAAUUUUUGCAAAUGUGAUUAAGAUAAUUACUGUGACCAAGAGAAUCUUAAGUUGCGUCGCAAGCGGAUCUUCGAGCCCUGGGUGGAACCUUGGAGCAGUUCUUCUGUCUACGCAUUCAGACCACUUGUCUGAAGUGGUAUCCGCAUAUUCCGCAUACGCCAAGGCAUUGGGAUAUUCUUCAAUGAUCUUGUCUGACAAAAUGAGUCUUCAAGAGUUUGCUCGCUUUGUUUUGGAAAUUUCAGUGCCAAAGGGACACCUCGACAUGACAUCCUUAUUAUUUGCUCCUCUCGAGCAUUUGAGAAAUAUUUGUGAAAUAUGUGAAGAAAUAAGUCACAGCAGUGAUGCAUGGGCGGAACUUUUCACCCAUCUAAAAGAAUGUUAUGCAGAUAUUGUUUGUGAAACCGAUUUUAUGGAGCCUAUAUCCCACGUCAGCAUGAAAAAGAAUCCGUUGUUAUCCGUCCGUGAUUUGGAAAAGCGGGUCGUUUCUACUAGUUGUCAGCCGGUGAAAGUUUGCGAGAAGGGAAGACGGUGGCUUUUUGGGAGCAGACUUUUCAAGAAGGAGUCGGAUGGGAGUUGGAGCCCCGUGUGGGCAUUUCUUUUUUCGGACAUCGUUGUCCUCACUUCUCAUACGACGAGGGAUCGCGUAUUCUUCGUCAAAGAAAGCCCAAUCCGCCUUGAGGACGUGGUUACGCUACACUUCAACCUCCCCCGUAAACAUGAAAAUGAGUUCAGACUCUUGUUUGAACCGGAACCAGUCUACCAUUCCCGAUUGGACAAACUCCUGCCACUACAUCGGAACAAGAAAUCGAGUCAAAUUGCUUUAAGGGCACCAAACAUUCAGUUGAAGAGCAUAUGGAAACUCUUGUUGCAGCGACAAAUAAUAACCUUAAACACAAGACUUUCAAAGUCGGCCUCCUCCAACUUCUCCAUCUCCGAGUUCUGUGAACGGUUUCCAAUCACACCUCAAUGUGAAGACGAGAAAGAAGACCACCCACCAGCGGCACGAGACAAAAGUAGUAGUGACUACAAGAAAGGGGGGGCUGGUAAUGGGCUGCCUGUUCCCACAGUCGGUGGUCUUGCCAAGACAUCAACGACAGCAGCAUCAACCUCAAUUUUUGAUCGACAAAACCUUCCUGACGAGAGAAAUUUGAGUGUGAUUAAAGAGGAGAGGAGUUGUAGCCAGUCGAAACCGCAGAUGAAGCCGUAUGCUCCUGACGGAUUAUCGAGCAUGUCGAAAGAACUUCUCAAAAGCCGCGUUCCUCGUAUCCUCCCCGCGGAACGUAAGGGCAGGGCGGUGGUGGAUUCCAUUCCUGAAGAGAUCAAGGUCUCGAUCCAACCACGACAUGACCCAACUGACACAAUUGUUGAACAUUCUGCCAACCAAACUUCCCUUUCAUCUGUCAAUUCUAAUUGCUUUAAAGCCUCAAGGAUUGACAUUGAGGUAGCGUCAAACAAAACCAAAUCCCCGUUGUUAGACGACCCUCGAUCGGUUACGAAUUCCAGAACUGCGAAUCCUGGAACAGAUUCGUGGUCUGAUAAAACUACAAAGUCCCAAUUUACGUCCACAUCCUCCAAUAAAUACCAACAACUUCCUUCCACCUCAACAGAUAUGACUGUCGAGUCCAAACCUAGUCCUUCCCCAACAAAUAAUAAUAACAACAAUGAAAUUAUAGACUUUAAUCAAACGUCCCGAGCAAGUGAGAAAUGUCCUUGUGCGGUGGAGAAAGUUGGGCUGUCGAUGGAAGGCACGUGCAAAGUUGGUGCCACCAGAACUGCUCGCAGCGGAGAUGAUAUUUCAGUUUCAUGUGCUACAAAAGUCCAAGUGGAGAGCAAUUCCUUUGAUAGAAAGCCUCCUGCAGUGAAACCAAGAACCCAGACAGGAAGAUCAUCACAAGUGAGUAAAGAUGCUUCAUCAGAAAACGUAAAAAUUGAGUCACCUCGUCCAGCUCCACGUCCAGAUUUACAACAACGAAAUAUGCUGGCUUCUUCUUCCCCAUCCCCUGCACCAUCACCGUCCAUGAGCAAUAAUAGAGUUGAAGCUUUAAAAUAUGAGGGCAUUGGAUCGUCGGGUUUGAUAAAGUCAAAACCAGGGUCAAAGAUUAUGACUAAUGCUACACUUAAGUCUCGUCACCAAGAACUACUAGCUCAAAAGGAAGGUCAAACCAUAAUUACGAUGGUUGAAAAGCCUUCCUCUAAUUCCGCGAACGAUACUGAUUGCAUUUUGAUAAGCCAACACAUUGAGCAGGUAGCACCCACAGGCACCAAGGACACAAAGGACGCCUCGUCCUCGCCUCUACUUGCUCCUCGGUGCCAAUCCGAAAAUGGGUUUGUGAAGCCCAAGUCUGUCCAUACAGACUCGCCAAUUCUGACGGGAUUUGGAUCAGAAAAAUCUCGCAGAAGAGUGUUGUAUGACUACAAAAUCCAAAGAGAUUACCCAGAACUUUUCGGAAUUAGCCCGAAAGACCGACGCUCCUAUAUAAAACAACUCGCAGAGAGACGACCAGAUAAUGAUAAGCCACUCAUUGCACCUUAUUAUUUCUCACCUCUCCCCACACCCAAAUUUGCCAAACGACAAGACCCAGUGGUUCCCGACCUGGUUCCCAGUUUCCCACCUUCUUCUCAACCCAUACAGCCCAGUAGUAAUAAAAUGGGCGUAGGGUCUCAAUGUAACAAUUCUCCCAAUCUCAACACCCAGAAGGGUAGUAGCACUGUUAUGAAAAUUUCAAGUAAACCAGUAACUUCAACGGCCCCAGCCUUAAAUCCUCAGAGUUCUAAGCUUUUCAAUGACUUGAAACAAAGGUUGGUACAGCAGAACUUGGUGGAGAGUGAUGCGGAUGGUGGUGAAAGGUCAAAUGAAGAGAAUGAGAUGAGCUUGGAGGAUAUGGCGCGAGGGAUUCUAAGAAAUGUCCACUCUGACGAGGAGGAGGAGGAGGAAACGGAUGAGGAUUCUCAGGAAUCUGACGAAUGUCAAUUGGGCGCAGAGGUGAGAGCUCAAGUUCACCGACAACGAAGUCCGGAAGAGUCUUCGAACGACUCUGGAAUUAGUGAUGAGUUGACUGAGAAAACCAAGACAAAGGAAAACAACGAAAGAUUUCAGUCCAACGUGGCAGUAAAUUCAUCAGAGGUAAAAAUUUCCUCUAAAAUCAGCAAUUCAAUUGUAACACAUUGCGACAAGAUGCAAUUAUUGCCUAAUAAAACAGCACCAUCACAUGCUUGCAUUUCAUCAUCACAGAAAGCAAACCAAAUGAAUACUAAGAUAGAUCUCUGUCAUGUCUGUUUUGAAGGCGAAGAGAAGACUGGAGUGGAGGGACUUUUGGUACUGAAGGCUGACAAGUCACAGGCUGACAAGUGUACAGGAACGGACGAUGAAUACUUUUCUCACACCUUGACCACCACCCCCACCACAACUUCUUUAGCCAAUCAACCUGAAAAACCAAUGCGAAUUCUAAUGGCGGAACGUCGAGAAGCUUUCUUUGCUAGUUAUGCUAACCAACAAACCUUAUCAUCGUAUUCUUCCUCAGCCACUGGCGUCGCCGCCUCCUCCUCCUCCUCAUUCCGAAUAAAUAACAGCUCUUUAUAUUCCCCUCAUCAUCAAACCUACUCUUCUUUCUCCCACUCACAUUCUUCCUCCUCUUCUUCCUAUGCAAGAAUGGUGGUGGAAAACGAGUCUCCGCUCAAAGUAAAAAUCCUGAACGGCGGCACCCUGCUCACUACCCACCCCGAAUUAAAAACCGGUGCGAAAUCUCCCCCUGAAGAAAGGGUGCAACUUAUGCGGUUUCCAGAAAAAGAAAGAAACGCACGUUUAGAACAUGUGGAAUCGUCGGACGAUUCAACUUCAUCUGAUUUGGCGUCUGCAUCCCCUGCUGCAGAAAAUGGGACGACAGACCCUUCGUGGUCGUCAUCCUCUAGCUCGUUGGCAGGAGGAACGACGAGUUCCAAACUGGAAGAGCCUUCCACGUCAAUGAGCACUUCGGGUGCCACAUCCAUUUACAAUAGUUGCCCAAUAAACAAUAAUCACAGCCAAGUUGCCUCCACGUCUUCCCUUACCAAAGUAUUUAUGAGUGAUUUUACAAAUGGCCUCCCUAGCACUAGCUUCUGUAAUGGAUCCUUGAGUCUGUGUGGAAAUAGUUAUGGUGACAGACCUGAAAUCGUUGUAACGCAAGAGUCCCCAGAGACCCCCACAGUUCGAAAUGGCUGUAACAGUGAUGGUGAAGAGGACGAGGACUUGGUGGGCAGCAACGGGAGUAAGUCUUCAUCAUAUGCGAAUUAUCACGGCGACAUAGGGAGCAAAAAAGGUUUCCUUCGCGUUGGGUCAAAUGACAGCACCGUGGAAAACUUUGGUGACGAUGACUACAUUUUUGACGAGGAGGAUGAGUUAUCUCAGUGUUCCGUGACCACAAUAAACAGAUAUGGGACUUAUGAAAGCUUGGAGAAAAUUGAAGAGAGUGAUGAUGGGGCUGGAAAUUUGCCUGAUUUCUCCAACAAAAUGACCAGAUCUAAGGCUCGCUUCACGUUUGAUGACGAUGACUCUGACGAUGACAACGAUUUGUUUGAAGAAGAUUUUGAAUCAGAUUUUAACUUCCGGUUCCCAUCUCAAAUUCAAGACAACACUUACAGUAAGUUCAGUGUUUCUCGUCUGGGUCCUUUGCCACCAUUGCUGGAAGAAGAUUUCGAGGACGACAUGUACGAUGAACAGCGGGCAGGAUGCAGUUCGGCAGCUCUUCCUGGUGGCAACUUGACAUCUGCGACGAGUCUUGUGAACGGGGCCACGUUGCGAGCGAGGCAUGAGACAGGUCUGAGACACGAUAACAGCUUUCUUCUUGCUCGGCUUGCCACCAUGUACGCUCGCAGCACCAUCAACAGCCCCCUCAAAAUUUUGAGAGACCUCUGGCUCAAGAAACGAUACCGUCAAUCUGAAGACUGGAAGUAUAAGCAGUAUAAAGAGUAAAAGUGGAAGCAGACGACAAGGAUGAACAUUGUGGACGCCUUUCACCCAUAUUCACCCAUCCAAACUUCGAUAGGAAUUCUGACUUCGUGUAACUUUAACAUUUUCAAAAACUGUUUCGAAUCAAGUAAUUUCUGCAUGACUUGAAGGAUUGCGCAUGCUACUCAGCUCCAAUAUGAUCUUUAGUAUAGACAGUUUUAACCAUCAGCAUGUAAUAUAUACAACACAAAACUGGUGUUGCGUAUUUAUCAACUAUGCAGAUACAUAAUUAUAUCUUUCUAAACAAAAAAACUUUCCAAAGGUACUUUUACUUUUUUCAAGAGUAAGUUCCAAAUAUGUAACUAUUGUAAUAGUUGUGCAAUCACAUUGCCAAAGACACAUCUGAUUUUGUCCAAAAAUAGAGUAUGUGAAAUAUACCGGUUAGGUAAUUGUGUGAUCAAGCAUCUAGGAUUUGAGACAUUUUCGUCUGUUUACUAAAACGUGCAUAAGAAUACUGUGUAAAACUUUUACUGUUCUUCCACUUUGGCUUAGUUGAACAUAGUCAAAACGCCUACGCAAUCUCUUACUGAAACUGAAAAAUUGAAAAGUUGAAACUUGCGAUUGAUCGUACGACAUAUACUCACUCACAGACAGUCAGUUGAUUUACUUAUAUUUGAUCUCAACUUCUGACAACCGUUACGAGUUCGGGUUGUAAGUUACAUAAAUCCUCGGUCGUGAAUUCGGAUGUAGAAUUAUAAUUCUAUCCUUUACCAAUCUGUCAUGAAUGUGACCACAUUGGAGCACAUUGCACAUAAUGUGACUUUCUACAUACUUAAUUGAGGAAAGGAUACCUUUCUACUAUUGUUGUAACUCAUAAUAUCCUCAAAUUUCAAAGUUGUUGCUUUCUGGCAAACAUGCGAAAUCAUGAAGCAACUAUUUAUCUAAUGGGCAUGUUAUGCAAACGAUGCACACUGACACGUAGCUGUUGGUAUCGUCAUUAUCGAUAAGCGGUCUGCACGACCCACAACUGGUCAUGCACACAUAACAUGCAGAAGUAAUAUAGAAAAUAACUAAUAAUAGCACACGGUCAGAAUGCUAUUUUGAGUUGCUUUCAGUGUUUCUGAUAAUUACGGAAUGAAACGGCUAUCUCUCCGACCAAUCAAAAUACUUCAACGAAAUAACAAAUACAACGAAGUUUCAUUUGUCACAUUUUCCAAUUAUGUACGUUUGGCUGUGGAGUGUGAUUCCUAUUUGCCCUUUGGAUAUGUAGGAUGAAUUAUCUUUCAUCAGAGUCUCAAUUGAACACUCUGAUGGCUAAAAUUUGCACUUCCGAAUCAUUCGAGUGAGUGAGUGUCGUAUUUUCUCCCACUUUCUCUACUAUGGACAGACACACAUUUAUAAGUAAAUACAUACGUCUAUAUAUAAGUUCACUCAACUAAUAAAUAGAUAACAUGGUGUAGUACUUAACAUGCACUGUGACCACCACCACGCCAUUCUGUGACUUUCUCAGCUUCUUGUUCGCAGUGCGUACAGUCAAUAUUACGUCGCCCUCAAACACGCCCCAGGAACUAGCAGUAGUAGAAAGUUGUCUAUAUAUAAUUUUCCAAAAAUACAACAGUCACACCUACCUACCUCCCCACAUAAUUUCAUCCUACGAGUAUUUUAUUCUCGUAUUUCGGCAUUCUCUCUACUACUAUUUAGGGCAUAGACGCGUAAGUGGAUUAAUAGUAAACAUGGUCAUGUUAUGAAAUGUAAAUAGGAAAAUGGGACAGUUAGCAAAGUCAGUUAUGAUGACUGUGAUGACGUCAGUGGGCGAAGGAAGAUGGAAACGUCCUGCAAAGAGAAUUACUACAUAUUACUGCUACACAUUUCUAUGACUCAUUGUUAGCAUAACUAACUUAUAGACAUUGGCUGAAUAAAAGUCGAGCAUUAUUCCAUCCUCAUCUCCGAACAAAGACCUGGUGAUGACGAUGUAGGAUUCCAGUCCUUGAGAGGAAAGCAAGUCAUCUGCUCACUACGUAAGUAUGCACGAGGAGAAGGAGAAAGAGGAGCGAGAGUUUCGUUAGUUUCAACUGAACAAGUGGACGAGAGAUAUUUGUGUAAUUUCGACUUUCUCUCUACUUCUUCUUCUUUAGUAUCCGUGUCAUGUCCAUUUAGGUCAAUGCUGUUCACACUUUUGUGGACUUGAGGCAAUUUUACUACGUCGCGUUGUCAAUAAAGGUUAGUGAGACCCACUGUGUAAAGUAUGUAUUUUAAAAAUUGAGAUUUUCUCCAACCAUCAAUUACGCAACAAUAAUAAUAAUCAACACAAACUAAAAUGUGAGCUGCUGUCGUUUGUAUGCAUAAAAAACCAACUUUAUUGUACUGUAUGUAUAUGCCAACGUUAUUAAGGAUGUGUACCUGAAAAGUUUAAUAAAUAAUUUUUGACUUCCAUGCCCGUCUAUUUUCUAUUUCUCGUCUUGUCCUUGUCAUAAUCGGAGCAUUUUGAUAACGAUCGAUCGAGUGAGUGUGAGUACAUACAUACGAUUAUCCGGGUGAGAGAAUGUUUGGACCUGUAUUUCUGUGGUCCACAUGUUGCACAUCCUUCAAAAAUAUUUUUCGUAUGAAAUCUCCUUUCUAACGAAACCCAGUGUUUGCGUUUAUCAUGUAUUUACCAACUAACGGGAUAUUAUAUAUUGCUCAGCAUUUACAUAAAUAUUCUAUAAAUCCAAACGCAUGCCGCAUGUUCAAUAUAUUCACCUGAAUGUACAUAUACUAAGUAAUUUCUUUUAUGUUGUGAAAGAAUAACUUAUUUACUACCGUUAUUGUCUCUAAUAUUGAAGAAAGAGAUUAAUAAAUAACUUUGAAAUGAAAA